UUUGCCGUUUGCUGCUGCAAUCCCAGGACGGGGCAGCCACGCCUGGCGCUGCUCCCUGCAGCCCCCUGGAACUUUUGCUAGGCGUUGGCGCUGCCUCCUCGGCUGACGCGGCCAACUCAUCCCGGGUUGAAUGCCGGCCGCUUCUAAGCAUCCCUGGAAGGAAGGGGAAUCCAAGGACGGCGGCGGGGAGGAAGGAAAGGUCCGUGUGAAUGCCAAGUGAAGCGCCGCCGGAGGGAGGAGGGGGGAAGACAAGCCCCGCUCGUGAUGAGGGGCCAGAAAUGAGACUUCGGAGCCGAGAGAUUGGCCGAGGCCCUCGGAGAGGCUCCGAUUUUAUAAGGGUGCUGCCUACGGAACUCCCGCCCACACGCCCAGAGCUUCUGGGAGGGACUCCCUGCCAGGCCGAGCCUUCAGCUCAAAAGCCCAGCUGGAGGGUUGGGGAAGGGAGCGCCCGCUUCCAGCUGCCGAGACUAGAUCCAGCCUCUCGCUUCCCGGGAUGGAGGUUCCGGGCAGCGGCGCUGAGCUCUCCCUGCCUCCGGACCUGAAGGAUUUGGAGAUGAAACUCGGACAGAAACCUCCGGACGGGCUGAUUAGGUGGCUGCGGGGGGACCCCGCUGCUCACCUGCUUCGGAGCAGUCCGAAUCGGGGGCCGCGCCACGGUCUGGGGGAGAAGAUCAAGGCUCUGAAGGUGGAACUGGCCUAUCUAAGAACAAUAGAUAUCAAGAUCCUCCAUCAACUGGUAGCCGUGAAUGAUGGAAUAGAAGCUGUCAAGUGGUUCCUUGAGGAAAAAGGGAUGCUGACCAGCCGCUGUAGCAGCCUUACCAGCAGUCAGUACAGCUUGGUAGAAAGUCAGGAUACAUCCCGACGAGGCAGCUGGAAUAGUCUUCAGGAUCCCAAUGAUAAACUAGAUAGUAUAUCUAUUGGUAGCUAUUUGGACACACUAGCUGAUGAUAUGGAUGAAUAUGGACAAAGCUCUUCAGUCGAGCCCAUAAUGUCACCUACCUCAGGUAGACCUCUGGGCAGAAGUGAAUUAGAAAGAUCGAAGGCAGAUCUAGAGAGGAUCUUUCUUGCAAAAGUGGACAAAGAGCAAGACAAAAGCAAAACUUACCCUGAAUGGGCCUCUGGUUUAGUUAAAAAACAAAGUUUUAACAAGCAAAGUGCACCUGUCCAGCUGUCACCACCAAUGGCUAAUGGAAUCUUGGGUAGACAAGUCCCUAUGCUAGUGCAGAGCCUUGAGGAGAAAUUUACCUCCAUAGCUGCUGAGCCAAGCAAAGGGAGUCUAGCAAUAAAGGCCUCCAGGAGCAGCAAAAUGGAUUCAGAGAAUUGCAAACUCAAUAACAGGAAACACCUGGAAUAUGAUGGUCAAUGGCAGUGGGCUGAGUCUCAAGAAGAUGUGACAUUUUUGUAGCAUCCAUGACUGGUUGCCUGGAUUAACAUAAAGAGAUUCCAGGCUUUAUGCUCUAGUCUUUUUGCACCUUGGACUGCAAGCUGUGCUGAAUGUCUGUCUGAAUGUCUUUUUGUUUGACCAGAAUUAUUGAGACAUAAUUGCUGGUGGACAGAAUAUAGGUAUAUUAGCCAGAUGGCAUUCUACUUCUAAGAUCUUAAGUCUUUUCCAAGAACGAGGGUAUAUAAAAGUACUGUACACCUUUAUUUGAAAGCCUUUGGCCCACCAGUGCUGCACUUUUGUGCCACAGUUCCAGUUUCUAUGUAAGUGGAGGUGGGCAUAGGCUCAUAAGCUGGACUUUCAGGUUUUGACAAAGCUGUUCACUUGAGCAGCACUCAAUCUGCUGCAUGUAACCAAUACUUCCCUAGGAAUAACUGAUUUUUUUUUUAAUGAAAGAAACCAGAGACAAAUCUUUGAUACUACAACCCUUUUAAUCGAUGUUAUUAUUAUUAAUGUCAUAGGAAAUACUGCUUCUUCAUUUGCCUGAUAUUUGAGUUACCUCCUAGGUUUAAGAAAGGAAUGCAGAAUUCUACAGAGAAGCCCACACACUCAUUUACUACACUCACCAGACUGAAUAUGUCCUUCAUUCUGGUAACCAUGAGAACCAGCCUUCCAGCUGAAGCUGAGCAAAAUAGUGGGGGAGUCUGUUGGUUUAAUGAGACUUGAAAAUCCUUGAAGGGCUGAAGCUUCAGCAUUAUGCUGUACUUUUAAGUGACUGCAAGUAACAGAAAAGUGCAGCAAAUAUGUAGGGAUAACUUCUCACACACUUCGUUAGGCUUGGAAAUUAACUGGGAUUUUUCUGCUUUGUGGUAUACUUUGGAUGUGGUGAUGGAAAGAGGAAUCACUGGUGACCUUGCAUUAUACUACAAAAGUGCCCUGGCUGGCUGUUUCCUAUAACCAUAAUAUUGGCAAACCAACAUACAUGGGACCCAGGCCAAAACAGCUGUAUGUGCAUUCAAAUUUUGAGUUUCAAAAUUCAAUGUCAUAGUUUUAAAUGGCAGCUCUACACUGGUUUUUUUAAAAAUACAAAAAUAAAUUUAUAAUAAAAUGAGGCAUGAUAACCUCAUUUUGCCCAAUAAAUUUUUCCCCAGGUUGAAAUUGUACCUCCUGAAAAAGGUAAUAGAAGAGCUGGGUGAAAUUUCCUCGUUGGAAGCCUAUAAUAUUUUGCUACGUUUCUCAGAAAAGUCAGACUUUCUGUCCCAUGGAAAAAGAUACCAGAGGGAGUAGGAAAAGUUGGAAGGCUUAUACAUAGAUUUUCCUUUCUUAAUAAAUUCCAGUGAAUUUAUUGUAAUUUCAUAAUAAAAUACUCAUCUGGAAGCAAUCUUGGUUAGGCUUAUGAAGUAAUUCUAAUUAUGAUGGAGAUAAUAUCACUGAUGUGUUAUGGAUUAACAAGAUUAUACAGACCAUGUUUCAUCUCUCUUGUGUGUCCGUGUGUGUGUCCGUGUGUGUGUGCGUGCGCGUUGGAGGGUGGAGUGGGGGAGAAGGAAUCAAGGUUUUUUAUUAUUAUUAUUUACUUAGAUUUAAGACUCAGUCCAGGAGAACACUGAAAAAGUCUUAAAAUUGCACUUUUACAUUUCAGUUUAGUAUAGGUCAGAAAAAAGAAAAUGAGGAAAAUGCAUACACAAACCCUAAACUUAAUAAUACAAAGCACAUUGUGGCUCAAGAAACAUUUGCUCCACUUUCCUUUUAAUUGGCCCAUAAAAAUGCAAUAAAUUUAUGACACACUAAGUGACUAAGGGCCAUGCUAUACACUAUGUUCACAAUUAAAAUUGCAAUUAAAGUGUUUAGGGAAGAGAGGAUCGGGAAAGAAAUCAGUGCUCACUAGAACUGAAAUGUGGAGUCACAUGCUGUGGUUUUAAAUACUUACCAUUCCACCCAACCCGAAGGUAUUACAGGAUUUAGGUUGUUUAAAAAAUUAUACAACCUUUUUCAAGCUGGAAACACCCUAUGUGAAUGUGCAGUUUACAUCCCAUCUAAACUGAUUCUGUUAUCUGCCUUUUCUAUACAUUCCUCUUCUGAGCUGUUCUACAUGGCAAUGACUUGAUGUCAGCUAAGUAACCUUGCUGAGAAUUUGUGUCCUGAGUACUGCAAAAAUGGCUGCCUUGGGAUGCCAUAACGCUAAAUGGAGCACAAAUGUCUCCAGAACGGGUGGGGGGGGAAUCGUCAAUGAUUUAAGCAUGAGAAUCAUAAACACGGUGGAAGGAAAGACAAAUAAAAGAAUCUACAUUUGCAAGGUAAUAUAUUCAGAAGAAAAUACCAAAGAAAUAGAGUACAAUCAUGUUAUAUGGGACUAGAACAUCAGCUGUGCUGAACUGCCUCAAAUCAUAGCAUGCAGCUUUCUGGGAGCAGUGCAUGUAUUUUGUGUUUUGGAAGCAUAACAAUGCUGAUCUUUUUGCCUGAAUUCUCCAUUAGCAUUGAGCAAGGGACAAUAAUGUUUGUAACUGAUGUAGCUCUUUCUUGGGGAUGUAAAAAACUAUGUUCCCUUUGUUGCUAGAGAAAUAAUCUUUUGAGAUUUAUUCUUUUAAAAUCACAUAUUAAUGAGAGAGAGAGAGAGAGAGAGAGAGAGAGAGAGAGAGAGAGAGAGAGAGAGAGAGAGAGAUUGUUCUUGGGGAUAACGGAAAUAGUAUCAGACAAAGUCUUCCAAUCUUGAUGUCUGCUGUUUUAUACAUACAUGAUCAGUGGUAGCCUCUUUUGGUGCAAAAUGUCAUAACAGGUAAACUGAUGCUGUGUUGAAUUUUCAGGAGCUUCAAUUUUCAUUACAAAUGUUCUUGCCUUAUGGGAUACAAAAUAUUUAUUAAUAAAGUCUGAUCUUUAAAUCUUGUGCA